CUGAAAUAGCAAUCAUGCAAGAAAUGUUUUUGAUACUAGAAUGAAAUUUAGUUGUUUUAUGAACAACUGGAAUGCAUUUUAGAGUUGCUAUUGGCGAGUGGACACCAUUUUUAAAAAUAAAAACUGAACAUGGAAGAGUGAUUAUGUCAGGCUCUCUGGCUGAGGCAUUCGAUACCUUAGCAAGGCGAGUGAAUUUCACAUACACAUUAUAUAGAUCCGAAGGAGACAUUUGGGGAACUCAUAGUCCAGAUGGAUCAUGGACAGGAAUGCUGGGAAUGCUUUCUAGAAAUGAAGUUGAUAUAGCAUUAGGACCAUUCACUCUGACAUAUGGUCGAUGGACGUCUUUUAGAAUGUCUGAACCUCUGUAUGCAGACGAUAUCGAAAUCCUGGUGCCAGUAUUUGAAUGGAAAAUGUCAUUAUUUAACAUUUUAACUGUUUUUAAUUAUGAAGUUUGGAUGUUUAUUUUUCUAUCAAUAAUUUUGCUGUUGAUUGUGAUGUGUCUCAGUGACAAGUGCAUGCAUCCCGAAUCAAAGAUUAUAGACAGAUUUUUCAAGAAUCUGUGGAGUCUGAUAAGAACCAUUUUACUGAAAGGUUGCGUACAACGUCCUGACAGCUACACACGUGCUCUUCUGGAUACUUUAUGGAUGUUGUCAACUCUGGUGAUGUCUUUCUAUUUCAGUGGGAUGGUUCUAACUUACCUCUUUUUGAGAAAAACGCGCCAAAUCGACUCUCUUGGAGAUUUAGCUGCUUCUAAAGAUAUACAGCCCAUUUUGGAAUAUCAGUCGUCCGUCUACAGUACUUUCAGAGACAGCGACUCGCCUGUGUUUAGUACAUUGUUCAAGAGAGUUCAACAAAAUCCAACUCAAUGCAUUCUGUCGUUCAAAAAUAUCAGUCGCUUCGGAAUGGACUUGGUAUAUUCAAGGUCUUUCGCUAUAAUCACUGAAGGAAUAGCAUUGCGAAAUUUUUUAUAUGAACGUCAUAAGAGAGGUUUGCCUUGUAAUUUUCGAAUGGCCAAGACACCUGUAUGGGGCAUAAGGAAAGUGAUAGCCUUUAAUGAAAAUUUACCUCAAGAGUGGAUCAAUCGCAUGGAUGACGUCCUUCGGCACAAUUCUGAAUCUGGUUGGCUUCAGCAACGAAUGAUCGAUGAAUUCUCUGGCUACACGGAAUGUAUAUCCGAAGGAAAUGUUGGAGUUCAAAGCCUGCAGUUUGAGAAUACUUUGGGAACAUUUGUUAUUUUGGCAAUGGGAUGCUCUGUUUCCAUUGUUGCGCUUUUCGCAGAAAGAUUGUACAGUUAUUCGAAAAAACAAACUCAUUCUUUGAAAGAAGAGAAAAACAUUCAACCAGGAAUACAAGUAUUGAAGAUAGAAUGCAUCAAAGAAUUUAAGUGA